AUGUCCUUUAAUAAAAAUAAUUUUAAAAAAGAUUUAUUAAAAAAUAAAUUUACUUCAUUUUCUUCCUCAAAUCUUCAAUUAACCACCCAAAAACAACAAUUCCUUACUAUCCCGCCAACAAAAAAACAACAAAAAGUUCCAAAAUUAACAACAAAAUUUAAAAGUUUAGAAGAAAGAAAAUUAAAUAAUUUUGAAAAAAUGAGGCCUGUUGGUGUUAUUGUUGAAGGGAAACAAUUAAAUUUAAAUAAUCAACAACAACAACAAUUUAAUAACAAACAAUAUUUGCAAAGACAAAAUGCUAAAAGGGAUUCGACAGUUGCUAUUGGAGAAACACACCCACCACCAUUACCUAAUAGUAAUAGAGCAACAGAAACAACAGCAGCAAAAAGUCCUUCUCGUAAAUGGACUUCUGCUUUUCGUGUUGUUCAGUCAAUGACUCGUUUUAGAAAUUUGCCGAAGAAACAUCAUUAUCAUUAUGGACACCAUCAUGGAGGGGCUGAGGCAGGUGGAAGUAGGGGAAGCAGUUUUUCUAGUUCGACUGAAUCUACCCCUACACGCUGUUUGGCUAUUCAAUUGGAUGGAACUGAAACAGAAAUUGUGGAUCCAGUUUAUUUGGCACUUAAACAGGCAACAUGUAGAUAUGGAAGUAAUGGCUCUCCUUUGGAUGUUAAUGGGGGAGGAAGUAAAACUGGAAGUCGUCGUGGAUCACAAUCAGCAUUAGCUAUAGCUAAUAACGACAUUAAUAAUGGCAGCACUCAACUUUUGUUCGAAUCAUGCACUCCAAGCCCUCGAAAUUUAAGCCAAACAUCAUUACACGAUUCCGGUUAUGCUGGAGGUGGUGGGAAUGGGCUUCUUGGAUGUGGUUCUCGUUCUUUACUUGUUUCUGGUUCAACUCCCCAGUUACAUGGAAUCGGUAACGGUAGCGUAGUCGGAACAACAACAAAUAACAACAAUAUUUCUAUUAAUUGUCAGCAACAAUUAUCCCCAGCAACAAAACAACGUGUUCAACAACAACAACAAACAAAUAAUACUCAAAACGGGGGAGGAAGACGGCCAAAACUUAGUGAAAAAAUGAAGUCCCUCUCGUUGGAUUGUGCUGAUAUGCCUCCACCCGUUCAAAUGGGUGGAAUUGGUCGAAAUCAAUAUUUUAAAGGAAAACAACUUCGUUCUGCACGAGGCUAUGCCGCCUCAGGUGAAAGUUUUGAGAAUUCAUUUGAGCGUAGUGAAUCCCCGCCAUCAUCAAGGCCUACUCCAACAAAAACAACGCAACAAUUGACAAGAAGAUUGCCACCAGCACCCCCAAUGACUGCCCCAAUUCAACAACAACAACCAAUAAAGCCAAAUGAAUCAGCUUCUUCACGUCGUUUAAUGCCCCCAAUUAGUACACACAUUGUUAUUCAUGAAUAUGUAAAUGGGGAAUGCUCUCUUUUCCUUGGCGAUCGGCUAGUUGUUUUGGACAAUGGUGAUCCAGACUGGAAACAUGGAUUUAAAGUUAAUGACCGUCUCCAACAAUUAUUCACAUUUCCAAGUACCUGUAUCACCGCAUUCCAACCUGACGAACAACCUAUGCGUUUAACACAAAAUUGUAACUUGGUGGAACAAAAAUUGCGUCUCUAUAGAGACCAAGUUGUUUUUGUUCAGCCAAACUCAUUACGGGAAGAUGGACGCGUUAAUGUACGCAACGAACAUGGAACUUGUGCCUAUUGUCCUUUGCAGUAUUUAAUGCUUAUGUAG